CAACAAGCUAGUAAGUCGAGUAAGAAAGCAAUUAUUGAUAUCGCUGUUUUUUGUUACUAUAUUUAUUUAUUACUUCGGCUGCUCUAAUAUCGAACUGACCUCCUCAUUUUAAACGUUUUUCAUUACUACGAGCAAAUUUAUUGUACUUACUUAUCAAACAAGAUGAACAAUUUAAGUUUUCUCCGUGUUUUUUGCAGUGUCAUCCUAAUUUUACGUGUCACACCGACCGCGUGUCACAGUUUAUACUCGCCCAAUAAAAACACAACCUUAUCCUCUACAGAUAUUUCCGGCAAUAGUUCCCACCUUGUAAGAGAGCUUCGCCAAGGAAAAAGUGAGGUUCGGAGCCAAAUUCCUAAUCCUUGGGAGGGGGCACGCGUCAAAUCACUGCUUAACCCACCGUUCCGUGGUCUUUUGCCGUUCAUUGAAUCGGGCGGAUGCAAGAGCGGCUGGACCUACAGAAUCCUGAAAGGGGAGGAACUAAUCCACUUUGGUCAUGAAUUAGAGUGCAUCUUUUUUUCUGGAGUGACGCCCUCCCAAGUCCCAAAAGGUCCUUUGUACGGCACGAUCCUCUCCAUCUUCAAUAUGGAACAGUUCAGCGGAAUGAUGAACUUGGCGUGGUGGGGGAAACUCGUGAAUCAAGUGGAUUGUCCCGCACCAGGUUUUUCCCAACCGAGACCCGUUUUUAUCGGGUGGAACAAUCUGCUGGGUCAGUUUAUUGUCCCAUUUAUUGCGAGGAUAGGUCCCUUAGAAGAGAACCUAGCACCAGGGGAAUUUUACGACGGAAAAAUCAACCUCGUCCUCGACUACACCGUUUCCUUUCCCGAAGUUUGUUCAGAUUUUGAAUGGUUAAAGGAAAGUCAAGGAUCAGAUAUUCCCGAAGAAAAUAUGUAUCCGCUCAAUAAAGUUGUCGACAUCUUACGGCUUGUCGGGCGUCAAGCGGACGGGGGUGCGAUCUAUUUGGGAAAGUCGUACGUGCGAGAUUCCUUCGACGCGUCGAGCACCGUGAUCUACUUUUACUUUGUUAAUUACGAUAUGGAGGUCAACCCCGAGUUUGAACCGGGACAGGAACUUCCUCCUCUCGUGCGAAGUUUCUCUUACACGAUCCCCGGACUUAACCAAAUGGUCAUCUAAUUAUAGACAUAAUUCCAAUAAUUUACUAUAUUUAUGUAGAAAGAAAAUAGAAAUGUAGAAUUUCCUGUAAAGUUUUUAACUGAAUGAAACUGAAACCUUAAAAAAUUGC